UGAAUCCAAGUGUAGAAUAGGGCGAUGCAUUUGAUUAAAUGCCUAAUGAAUGUUGACUUAUUGGAACAUAUUUUUAUUCCGAAUGCCGAAAUUGUGUUAUAUUCUUAAUGUUAUACUUAUAUUUCUUAACAAAUUCUAGCCGGUUAGAUAUAUCAUAAUAAUAUAAAAAAAAUUAAUAAGUGGUUUAAAUUGGUAAUUGAAACUAUAAGAAUAAUGAGAAGUGAUAAAUCAGUGAUGCAGUGAAUCAAAACCUUGGAUUACCUCGUGCAAUCAGAGAUCGCAUUAAGUGCAAAAUCAUCAAAUCGUUCUAUGUGAUGAUCGAGUAAUGAAGACAAUUGCAAUCAGCCGACGCUAUGCAUUUAAAGAACAUAUUGACAUUGACAAUCACUUUGUCACUCUUUGUCGAAGGAAUAUUUGCGGAAUCAUCUAACGAAGAUGAAAAGCUUAGUUUUGAUAUAUCGGAAGAUGGAAAUACGUCUGCGACCCGCGACAAACGCUAUGUCUGCUGCACCAGCCGCUGUGCUCCUGCUGCCACUAACGUCCAGUCUGUCCAGUACCAGGCGGUCAGCACGCGACCGCACCCGCUUAUACCGCCCAGGUACAGCUACAGUCCAGUGGUUGUCAGCAAUUGCCCGCCGAUUAUCAGACAACAAGCGCCAGCGGUUAUCGUAGUACAAAAGCCUUAUGUCAGGCCUGAAUGGAAAGGAUGGAGAUAUGGUAUGAAUUAGUUAUACAAAAUUAAAAAAUAUAU